AUGGAGCACAUCCCAUAUGUCCCUCCACUGGCUCUCCACGGCUUCUCCAUGGAUAACAGUGGUGCGCACUACAGGGACGCGCUUCGACUAGGACUGCCUCUCCACCUAGACGCUGCAUACCUCGACCCUGUGCACGGCCAGAUGUCACCCUACAAACGAUUCUCCUAUUUCCCCUUUGACGGACCCUUCGGUGUGUGUGAUUACUCCUUUGAGCCCGCGUUCAUCCGGAAAAGGAACGAAAGGGAGCGGCAUCGAGUGCGCUGCGUGAACGAAGGUUACGCUCGGCUCAGAGAGCAUCUGCCGCAGGAGUUUGAGGACAAACGGCUCAGCAAGGUGGAGACCCUGCGGGCCGCUAUCGACUAUAUCAAACACUUGCAGAGGCUGCUGGACUUGAACGUGUCCGGGAUGGAGGUGUCGCUUGGAGACGCGCAGCUCCCGCAGAGGACAGUGCAACAGUGA